AUGAACAUACUGCUGGUCCUGGGCCUCCUGCAUCUGCUGCCCGUUCCUGCUUUAACCCUGACACGCCCCGUCAAUGACUACUGGGGGGAGUUUGGGGCCUAUGGGCCUUGUAGUCGUACCUGUGGAACAGGGGUGGCAAUGAGAACACGGAAAUGUAUUACCUCAAGGACAGAUGGAGGACAUAACUGUGAAGGAUCCUCUAAGUCUUACCGCACCUGUAACACACAUGAAUGCCCUGUUGGAUCAAGGGAUUUCAGAGAAGAUCAGUGCUCUGAGUUUGAUGGAAUGGAAUUUCAACGAAAACGUCACUCCUGGGUGCCGUACUAUGGAGCAUCCAACCCAUGUGAGCUGAACUGUGUACCAAGGGGACAAAAUUUCUUCUACCGGCACAGACCUAAAGUGGUGGAUGGGACUCCAUGCUAUGUGGGACGCACUGAUAUUUGUGUGGAUGGCAUCUGUAGGGUAUUGACCCAUGGGGAGUUUAUGGGUAUAGAUAAUGAUACAAACUCCGUCCACUCCAGUACUCCUGUUGCUGUUGCUCCUCAUCCAAGAGACACAUUCACGUACAUCUACAGGGCUGGUGUCUACGGUGAGUGCUCUGCUACCUGCAAUGGAGGAAUGCAGUAUCGCAGUGUGGAGUGUUUGGUUCAGGACCCAUCGAACCCCCGAGUGGUGGACGAGUCUUACUGCAUCACCCAGCGUCUGCCCAGGCCAGCCAGUCAGCAAGCCUGCAACACACAUCCCUGCACAGCAGAGUACAGUGUCUCCAGCUUCAGUGUGUGUUCAGCAACUUGUGGGGAAGGACAGCAGACAAGGGAGGUGUUCUGUGUGGGACCAAAUGGAGAGCACAUGCCUGACCAUGCCUGUAGAGGUUUGGCACGACCUCCUUCUGUGCAGGCCUGCCGCCGACCUGCCUGUCACUUACACAUAACCUGGCACGUGACGGAGUAUGGACUUUGCUCCAGAAGCUGUGGUGGUGGUUCAAGGGCAGAAACACGUGAUCUCUACCCUCCUGUAACGGGUCCUCACUGUGCACAGUCACUGUUUGGAUGCUGUCCUGACAGCCAUACCCCUGCAUCUGGGCCCAGAGGCCAGGGCUGCACAGAAGAAGACUGUGUCCGCAGCAGGUAUGGCUGUUGUUCGGAUGGAGUGACACCAGCUCAAGGAACAGGAAGGUCUGGAUGCCCCGAAUAUCAGACUGUGCAACACCCAUCAUCCUCUGCACAUUCAUCCACUGGUGCUGUGUGCUCUCUGCCUCGGGAUGAGGGUCCUUGUGAUACCUGGACUGUGAGGUUCACCUAUGACUCUCGCAUGGGAAAAUGCACAGAGUUCUGGUACGGAGGCUGCCAUGGUAAUGCCAAUAACUUCAUGUCCCUGGAAGCCUGCCAGCGAGAAUGUGGGGGUGUGAGGAGGGAGCCUGCAUCCACACCUCGUAGAGAGAGCUCAGUCAGAGGGUCACUCGGUGGCAUUGCGAGAGCAAGGGCCCAACGAUCCCGUGCCCAGCGCAGAGCAUAA